AUGUUUUUAGCAAGUUAUUUUGAUCGUAAAGAUAAAGAUAACGAGAAAAGAGAAACCGAAAUUGAAGAAAUUGAAUAUAAUAAAUAUAAUUUAGAAAAGGUACUGAAGAAUGCUUUAUAUUUACAUAAGGAGAAAAUCGUUAAAUUAAAAGAUGAGGAAGAUAAAAAGGAACGAAUCAAGGAAUACUUGUCCAAUUUUUUAAAAAAGAAAAUAAAGGAUGAAAAUAAAAUGAAUUUAUCAUAUUAUAUUUAUGAUGAAAAUGAAGAAAUAAAUAUUAGUAAAUAUUCAAUAGACAAUUUUAAUAAAAGAGAAGAAGAUCAAAGAAAUAUAUAUAAUUUGUUGAAAGAAAAUAAAAGUCUUAAUAAUAUAUCAAAGGAUAUGUUGAUACUAGCCAAUUAUUUACAACAUGAUCAAUUGAAAAGUAUAGAUAUAAUAUCAGUUUAUAAUGUUAUUGAUAAAUAUAUUAAUAAAUAUAAAUUAGAAAUUGAUGAGAUUAAAAAAGAAUUAGAUAAAGAAGCUGAUAAAGUAAUAAAAAAGAAACAAGACAAUUUAGAUACUAUAUAUAAUAUAAAAAAAGAAUUAGGAAAUAUACAUAUUGUUGAAGAAGAAAAUAGUAAUAAUACAAUGGAAUAUAUGUUAAAUGAAAUGAAAAUAAUAAAAAAAUUAAUCAAACAAAAACAAUAUAUUAUCUGUGUAAAAAAUACAUUAAUUAGUUUAGAUUAUGCAAAAAAAUGUGCAGUUAAUAGGAAAUAUGAUGAAUCAUUAAAUAUUAUUUUAGAUAUAGUAAAUAUAUUACAUAUUUUUAAAAAAAAUUUUAAAAAGCAAGUUAUUAAAAUUAUAGAAUUCUUCAUUCCAUUGUUAGCAGAAUAUUAUAUAAACAAAUCAAAGUUGUUACUAUCAAGUAUAAAUUGGGGUAAUAAUAUUUCGUAUGUAUCAACAAACUCUCUAGAGGACGUUAUAAAUGACAUGGAUAUGAAUGAGAAUAACGAAGAUGUAUAUGAUGAUAUGUGUGAUGAUAAUGAUAAUAUAUGUGAUUAUACAUGUGAUGACAAUAUUGAUGAUGAUGAUAUAUCUAAUUAUUAUAAAAGUUAUGAAAAUACAGAUAUAAACCAUUCCACCACAUUUAUAAAUACAGUCAAAACUAAUAAUGUAGCACAAAAAAAUGAAGAAAAAAAAAGAAGACUUCUUUAUUAUAAUCGCCAUAUGAAUAAAUUUCACGAUAAAAUAAAUAGCAGUGUUAUAUUUGAUAAGGAAUAUAUGGGUUUGAUAAAAAAAGAAAGUCUAGAAUUUAUUAACAUUUUAAUAUGUUGUAAUUAUAUAGAAAAAAUAAAUAUAUGUAUUACAGAGGAAAAAGAAGAUAAUGAAAAUAUAUUAUUUGUUAAACAAAAGUAUUAUUCAUCAUCUUUUUACAUACAAGAAUUAGCUAGCAGUAUAAUUAAUAUUUUUCGUUCCUUUUUUCAAAAUAAUAAAAGUCCACUAUUCAAAUUUGAUAAACCUGAAUGGGGACUUAAGUAUUUAUUUUAUCAAUCUAUUAUAAGUAAUUAUAUUUUAAAGAUGUUAUUAAAUUACGCUCAUAUGGAAAAUUUUAAAAAUAAUAAUAUAAUAUUGAAACAAACAUUAGAGUAUAUGUUUACUUAUAAUAAUAAAUAUAAAGCUAUUAUGCGUAAUAUGAAUAAUAUUGACACUAUGGAUGGAAAUCAUACAACCUUAAGUUAUAAAAAGGAAACAACUGCAAUGAGUAGUGUAUCCUCUGAUGUGAAAUACGAAAGGGAUCAAAUGAAACAAUCUGUGGAACAUAAUAAUAAUAAUAAUAAUAAUAAUAAUAAAAAUAAUGACAAUUUUUAUAAUAAUGAUAAUUAUUUUCAUCCUAUAAGUGAUGAAAUAAAAAAUUCUCCCCAUUCUUACCUUUUGAAUAAUAAUUUUAAUAUUAAUGAUAGGUGGCCCAGUAAGAAUACACAUAUUUAUUAUAAUAUAUAUAAUUGUAUGAAGGAAGAAGAAAAACAAAUAUUGUUUGAAGACAUAAGUAAUUAUAAAAUGGUGUUGGAAAAAUUAAAUUAUGAAAUUAUAACAGAAUGUCGAUUGUACAUAUUAAGUAGAAUAACCUAUUUUAUUCAUUUAUAUACUUUUGAUGAAAAUAAUAAGGAUGAUAUCAAAAAAUCGUUUUUAAAUUUUAUGCAACAAAUUUUUUUAAUAUACAAAAAAUGGUGGUUAUAUGAUAGGGAUAAUUGUAAACAUUUGUUAGAUGAUUUUUACAAUAAUACAUAUGUCAAAUUGAAUCCUAUGGAAAAUGAAAACACAAAUCGAGAUAAUAAUUGUAAUAAUAAUGAUAAUGAUAAUAAUAAUAAUGAUAAUGAUAAUAAUAAUAAUAAUAAUAACAAUAAUGAUAGUAUUAAUAAUAUUAAUCAUGAUAAUGCUCAUAAUAAUACAACUCAACAUUUACAAAAUAACGAAUUAUUGAAAAAUAAAAACGUACAAUUAAGUAGCGAAGAAAAUAUUAUUAAUAUGAAUGAAAAAAUAAAUGAUGGUAUUUAUAUUAGAGAUUUCUUUAUGUUAAAUGAAAAAGAAUUUCUUAUAGAUAUAUUAAACGAUAUGUCAAAUAAAAAGUGCUGUAUAAAAUUAAAAAAUAAUAUUAUAUUAGAUGAAAAUGAUUGCAUUAAUGAAUAUAGUGAUAUAUUCAUAGAAUUAUUAAAAAAAAUAAAAUCUAGAAUAUGGUGUUUUCAUAGCAAUCGUGAAUUUAUGGAGGAAUAUAUGAAUAGUGUAGUAAAAAAAUUAUUAAUUAUUGUAAAAGAUGAAUUUAGAUAUCAUUGGAAUAAUAUAUCAGAUUUGAUUGGUGAUUCUGAGAUAACAUGUUUAUUAUAUAUUUCUUUUCAUAGAAUAAAUAAUUUUUUAAAUAUAUAUGAAUAUAAAAAAUAUCUUGAAGAAAUAAAACAAAAUUUUGAUAUUCUAGAAAAAAAGAUGUUUCAUAAUUUUCUAGAUGCUUUUUAUCAUUUUAUAUCUAUAAGAAUAUAUAAUCUCUUUUCUGUAAGUAAUGUAUUUCAUGAAUAUAUUAUAAAUAAUUUAUAUAAAAUAAAAAAAAAUUUACCAGAUAAUAUAUUUAUUCAAUUCUUAAACAGAAUAUUAUAUAAAUUAGAUAAAACCAUUUUAAAAUAUUUAUUAAAUCAAAAUAUUUCAUUUUUACAAAAUGAAUUAUAUUUUAAUACAUUCAUAAACAACUCAUACAGUUUAUUACAACAAAUAGAAGAAUUCAAUUGUAAACAUAAAAAAGAAAAAUCAAAUAAUAAUACUCGAAUAUUCAUUUAUAAUAUGAACUUAUUAAGAGAAAUAAUUAAAUUAAUGACUGAUAAUAUAGAUACCUUGAAAGACAAAAUUAAUGAAAUAAAAUGUAGUUAUGCAUUUCUAAAAAAUAAAAAUAAUUGGAUAGAUCAAGUUACCAGAAUAACAAAUUCUUUGUUAAAAGAUGAUUCUUCUAGUGAUGAUAAUAAAUCUUCUCAUCAUGAUUAUAAUGAAAAUUGGGAAACAAAAUGUAAGAAAACUGAAAUAUCCAUUAUCAAAAUAAAGAUGUUAUUAUUAAGAAGACCAGAUAUUAAGACAAUUGCAGAAAAAUCAAUUGUUGUUAAGGAGUUUAUAGAAUAUUGA